ACAUCAAGCACAACAAUGGCUGAAGAAAAGAAUAAGAAGAGCUUGCUUGCGUCCGACGACAGCGACGAUGAGUACUCGGGUGACACAGUUUCAGAGCAGACAGAACUGAGUUCGAUCCUGGGUAAACUUAGUAUAGAACCCGAGAAGGAGAAGAAGAAACUCUUGGUCUUGAGUCUAAGUGGUCUUCUUCUUCACAGAGUCCACAAAAAAGAGAUGCGUAAGAAACCCAAGAACCGCUCUCCUGAUGCUUCUUGUGGCCCAAAUCUUGUGUAUAAGAGGCCAUUUGCUGAAGCGUUUAUGAAGUUUUGUCUUGAGAGAUUCGAAGUUGGAAUUUGGUCCUCUGCUUGCGAGAAAAACGUUGACAUCAUUCUAAGCAUUGUGCUUGAAAAUCUCCAAGAUAAGCUUCUCUUUGUGUGGGACCAAGAAAAGUGUACGGACAGUGGAUUUAAAACACUAGAGAAUAGUCGCAAGCCUCUGUUCUUUAAAGAUCUCUCCAAAGUGUUUCAGUGCUUUAAAAGCUUCUCUGCUUCAAACACCAUCUUCAUUGAAGAUGAACCCUAUAAAGCUCUUCGUAAUCCUGAUAAUACUGGUCUGUUUCCAAUGAGCUAUGAUGCUUCUAACAAAAAGGAUAACUUACUUGAUCCAGAAGGAGAGUUCUGUUCUUACUUGGACGGUUUAGCGAAAUCAUCGGAUGUUCAGGCUUACAUAAAAGAGCAUUCUUUUGGACAGCCCAAGAUCGAUUCUUCUCAUCCCGAUUGGUCUUUCUACCGCAAAGUGUCGAAGAUUGUCUCUUAAUCUUCCAUGAUUAUUAGUUUGUUGAAGUUUCGUAUUAUGAAUAAUUCUCUUCUUUUGCUUACUACUAUUGAACACAUAAAAAAAGUCUACCUAUUUCAAUUCUAAUAAUAAAGUUGAAUCACUUAU